AUGGCGGUCACCAACAACGGCGUCGCAUCCCCGUCCAAGAUCGAGACACUGGAGCGCGAGAGAGACGAAUUAGCGACCGAGAACGCGUCGAAGAAGGAGGAGAUCAAGAAGCUGAGGAAGGAGAUCGAGGAACUGAUGCGCGACGGCGACGCGGCGGAGGUGAUCGCGGCGCGUGCGGUUGAUCUUGAAUCAGAGGUGGCGCGUCUCCAGCACGACGCGGUGUCGGAGAUGAGCGCGGCGGAGGAAGCGAGGUCGGAGGCGUCAGAACUAAAAAAAAUCGCGGAUGAGAGAGAAACUAGGAUUGAGAUUCUAGAGAGAGAUGUGAAGGGUUUGAAGCAGAUGAACACAGAGAGCGAAAUGAAGGUGAGGGAAUUGGAGCGAAAACUUGGUGUUGUGGAAGUGAGAGAGAGUGAAGAGAGAAGCAAAAGGAUUAGGGUUCAGGAAGAGAUGAAGGAGAAGGUUAAUGAGAGAGAGAGGGAAAUUGAAAUGUUGAAACAGAUGAUUGUGGAAUUGGAGAGUGUGGUAAUGAGGAAGAAGAUUGAGUUGGAGAAGUGGGUGAUGGAGAAAAUGGAAUUGGAGGAGAAGGUUAAGGUUAUGGAAUCGAGGGUUUUUGGGUUAAGGAAAGAAGAAGAAGAAGAAGAAGAAGCUGUGAAUAGUGUGAAUGCUGGUGAAGUGAUUAAGGGUUUGGAGUUUAUUUGGCCUUCUGUGGCUGCUGGGUCUGCAGCCAUUGCUGCUGUCAUGUAUUUAUGUUAUGGAAACAAAAGGUGA